AUGGUGGCUGGGAAGCGAUAUUUUGGAGAAAAUGAGGACAACAAGGAGGCAAAGCAUGUCCACGAACUUAUUGAUGAAGCGUUUUCACUUGGUGUCGGUUCAAAUUUAGGAGAUUUUCUUCCAAUUCUGAGAUGGAUAGACUACAAAGGGCAUGAAAAGAAUUUGGCUAGGCUAAGUGAGAAGAUGGAUGCAUUCUUACAAGGUCUGAUUGAGGAGCAUCGCCAUAACAAGAAUGGAAAUACCAUGAUCGAUCAUUUGCUUUCUUUGCAAGAAUCACAGCCAGAAUAUUACACAGAUACAAUCAUCAAAUGGAUUAUGACGGUUAUGUUAAAUGCCGGGACAUAUACCUCUGCAGCGACCAUAGAAUGGGCUUUAUCGGUUUUGCUCAACCACCAGGCGAAGCUGGAAAGGGCUAAAGCUGAGAUUGACAGUCUUGUGGGCAAUGAUCGUCUGGUCGAGGAAUCAGAUUUGUCCAAACUUCAUUACUUACAAGCAAUUAUUUCUGAGACUUUUAGAUUGUUCCCAGCAAUUAUCAAUAAGCUCAAGUUGCUGAAGCACAUCUUCCGUUUUGUUGAUGAUAAUUCUUAUUUUUUUCUUUCAAAUUCUCAGCGAGUUCCAAGUAUUCUUUUCCCUGCAGAUCUCCUUGCCUCCAUGAAUUCUGAAACUUACUGUAGCUUGUGUGGAUUCAAGUCUCCAGGUGCAUGA